AUGUUCGCCAAGCUCUUCGCCGCUCUCUUCGCCGCCUCCGUCGUCCUCGCUGCUCCCAUCGAGUCUAACGAGAAGCGAAUCAUGCACUCUGGCCGUGCUACCUUCUACACCGUCACCGGUACCGGCUCCGCUUGCGAGUACACCGUCACCGACGAGGACUUCAUUGUCGCCCUCAACAAGCCCCAGUACAACCUCCACAACGGUGGCAACUGUGGUCAGUACCUCACCAUCACCAACACCGACAACGGUAACACCGAGACCGCCUACGUCGCCGACGAGUGCCCCGAGUGCAAGGACGGUUCCCUCGACAUGAGCCCUGCUCUCUUCUCCGCCCUCGCCGACGGUGACUUUGACCUCGGUGUCUUCCCCAUCUCUUGGCACUUCCUCAAGAGGGACAACUAA